GCCAAUGAACAUGACAAUAAGAGGAAACGCAGUCGUCGUUCAAGAACCACAUCCGGGUUCAAAUUAGUAAACAUGGCCGAGAACACAGAGGGCCCGGAUACGGACACCUUUGAUGUCAUGGACUUGGCAGAGUAUGCUAAGAGACAGCGGUGGUGGAACAGAGUCUUUGGAAGUGACUCUGGACCUAUUGCUGAGAAGCGUUCAGUGGCCACGCAACUUGCGAUUGGUGGAGUGACUGGCUGGUGUGCAGGGUUCAUGUUUAAGAAAGUCGGAAAGCUGGCUGCCUCUGCGGUGGGAGGCGGCUUCUUCUUGCUCCAGAUGGCGAACCACACGGGGUACAUCACUGUAGACUGGAAAAGAGUGGAGCAGGAUGUGAACAAGGCCAAGAAACAGCUGAAGCUCAAUGCGGAGAGACCCCCAGAUGAAGUGCGCACUAAAGUAGACCAGGUUUCUAUAUUUGUGAAGAAGAACAUUAUUCUUACUGGGGGCUUCGCCGGAGGAUUUCUGCUUGGGCUGGCAUCUUAGGAAUGUUAUUUUUUUCAAGCUGAACACAUCUUCUAUUUUGAGGUACUUGCAAUGUAUUUGUCAAUGUAAAUGCUGAAUAAUUAUGAAAGGAAGCUAUAUUUAGACAUUCUGAACAAAAUGAAAGGUGCAUCACUGCACUGAAAUGGAGUUGCUGAAUUACUGUAGUCUGAAAUGUUGUCCAUAAUGUUUUUUUCCCCUCUUCAUAGUGUGGUAUGUGUGCAAGGUCUUUUGUUUUCAUAUCCCCACCUAAUAAACAUAAAAAAAGGUGAUGAGCCAUUCAGCCCAACUUGGCUUGUCAUUUAUAUUUUUAAAUUGAUUUUUCUUUGAAUGAAUGAACUAUAUGAAACCAUUUACAAGCACUGUGUAAAACCAUCAACGUGUGAUGUGAAGCAAAUGGAAAGCUUUUCUCAUUCUUUAGUAACUAAAGAUCGAAAUUGACUUAAAGGCAAAUAUGACUUCAGUUGCACAUAUUCUAUCUAAAACAGCCUUUGUAUGCUUUUUGCCCCUACUUUACUCUUUCCAAAAACACGUGUUGAUCCCCAUAGUUUUGUCUCACCAGGAACAUUUUGCUAUCAAACUCCAGCUGUCUUCUAUUUAUUCAACUUUGUACAGAGACACACUAGUAAACUGUAAUGUAUACAAAUGAUUAUUUAUAACGUCUGUUUAUUUAUGAAUCAGUUUGUAUUGAGUGUCUUGCCAGUUGCAGGUUUAAGAAUUGUUCUUUGCUAUUCUGAUCCAAUUCUGAUUCUGGAAAUGCGUGCCUAUGUGCUUUGCUUGAUCGUCGGAAACUCCCCAUGAUCUAAAAUAGGAGAUGCAUUACUGUUGCCAGACCGAGUAACUGAGUAGCCCCCCCCCCCCCCAAUUUGGUAAAAUACACUGUAAACAAAAGGCCUUUGGUUCUAUUUAAACAUUAUUUGGACACAUUAGAUGACUGCUUGAUCUAAAAGGGAUAGUUGCACUGCUGUUGUUAUGCACCCAGUUCAGUUGCACUCUAUUUUCUUGAUAAUAAAUGUCUGUAAAUGUAAUAUUUUUUUAAUGUGUUUGAAUAAAGCAACAAUCAUUUUAAGUAAAUUGCACUUGCCAUCCUGUCAAACUUAUAAAAUGCUCAAAUUGCUUCAGUGUACAGCAUGGCUCCAGGCCAACAUGUUAAGGAUAUGGUACAUUUGAAAGCCAGUAGAGCUACAAUUGCAUACCAUUUGUAAAAUUACUUCUCUUAAAUCACUCUUCCAAUUUGAUAGGGCACAAACAUGUAUCAAUAAGACUAGAGGUCAUGAAAUACAUUGUCGUAAUGAACUGAGUAUUACUUUGCCUCAAAAGACAUUCUCGCAAGACCCCCGUGCAGUUCUUUGUUUUUAUUUGGAAUAUUCAGACUGUAAUUAUUGAAGUUAUUUAUUUUUGUCUACGGUUUAUAAAAAGUGCAUGAGACAUGGUGGUGAAUGUAUUGAUUUGUGCCCUAGUGGCAGUAAAAGUGGGUUUAGGGAAGUUUAUUUUCAAAUAUGAAGUGACUGAGAGGAUUUCAUCUCACUAGUUUAUCAAAUUUUCAGUUGUAAACUCUGAAGCUUCUAGAAAUCUAUUAAAAAAAAAAAUGAUAUUGAGUUUUUUUAAAAUGUGUGAUGCGUUCAAGACUGGAAGUUGGGAGGCAGAGAAUUUGUCUCGUCUACUACAUGGUUUGAUUUUUUGUUUUUUCUCCCAAAGAAAAAGGAAAACCAGAGUGCCUAUGGUAUGAUUGGCGUCUGAGAAGCAUUCCCAGUAAACAUUACCCUGGUGGCCCACAUUGGCCUUAUGCCAGUCUUAUGAAAGGGCCCAGGUUAGACUUGCCCAUCAGCAGUCCUAAUGGCCAAGUGUAAUAGUCCAUUGUCGGCCACCAGCAGUGUCCUAAGAAAGUUGGCAGUGGUUGCUGCAGUAUAUAUUGGGCUAUUCUAAUGUAGCAGUCUCUGGAUGAACUUAGCUGCAAACAUGUUUGCCCAUAUAUGUUAUAUUCCACUGUGUCAAAUGCUUGCUACAAGUUGAUAUAGGGGCAAGUUGACUCUGGAUGCCAUCUUAUGGGGACCUUCAGAAUGAACGCCUUUGCUGUUGGCUGGUAAAAACCUUGAGGAAGGCAUUCCUGGACUAACGUUCGCUGCUAGUAAGGGAUGGUUGGUUGACUGCAUCACAGCUAAGACUGGGCCAGUCGGGUCAUGGGUACAGGGCUGAUGCAGCUGGUUGCAAAGUAAAAAGCUCAUCUGAACGGGAAUGGAAUUCCUGCAGCUAUGCACGUAAAAUAUACGUUUCCUUUAAAUCCCUUACUCCCAUCAAACUGUGGCAAAAACGUUUAGCGUCUAUGAUCGUGAAUUAAAUAUUUACAUAUACUGUAUUGUGACUACAUCAUAUUGCCUGCGUUGGCUUCAUUUGAUGACCGUGGCGUUCUGCCAGGCGGAUCUUUUUAUUGUUGUUGUUAUCUUUGAAUGGAAAGACGCAAUGCACUGUUCCCCUUCGAAUCAUGUAGAUCGCAAAUGUCGUAUAACCAAGCUUGUGUAGAGUGCAUCAGUCUGGUUUGUGUCUGCCGAUGAUUUCAUUGCUUAUACAUUGAGUGAAGGAGUCCAAAAUGACUGAAAGUAACCAAAAAGACAUCUGCCUGAAAGUACAAGCCUUUUUAUUCAUGUGUAAUAUUGCAUGUGUUCGUAGUUUUAAUGUACUUGGAUGCAUAUCAUGAAACCUCAGAAUCUGCCUUUCCUGUUGUCCCUUAAAUGACGUUUGCCCAUCACAGGGAAGUAGUCUCAUCGUUUUCACAGCAACAAACAUAGUAGAUGGCAAUAAUUUGGAGAAAAGGGUAUGUUUAUGGAUUUUAAAAACGCUACACGGCUAUGGUAUUGUGCCAAACUGCAUUGUAAGCUGUUAUUUAUUCAGGCUUUAAUAUGAUUUAACUUCAUUUCUUUUCAGAGAAAUCCCAGUGUUUUUGAUGUUGCAUUUGCUUUCCGAAUUGUGAAUUUGUUAUAUUGAAUGCGUUUUAAUGUUUUAUUUUGAGUUAAUAAAGUCCAUGAACACAAA